AUGGUUACAAAGGCCCAUAGCACCACCUACAAAGGGAUUCUGAGCGAGGAAGACAGAGAACUUGAGCAAGCGACCAGGCAGGCUCGACUGCACGCGUGGACGUCUCUCGUUUCUUGGUUGCGUGAUGGUGAAGGCAUCUUUCAUAUCUCAGGGAAGGCCGGGUCCGGCAAGUCGACGCUGAUUAAAUUUCUACUUGAUCACGAUCAGACCAGGAAAGAGCUGGAGCGAUGUCCGAAUAACGAUCAACUGCUGCUUGCUCGCUUUUUCUUUUGGAGGGCCGGAGGCAAGUUACAAAGAUCGCUAGAAGGGCUUUAUCGGGCCAUUCUCUUCGAGAUACUGACGCAGAUCCCGCACUUGGUUCGAGAUGUUUUCCCCGACGCAUACAACGCCUUCUCAGACAGCGGGUCGGGAGUCGUCAUUGACGAGCCUUACUUCCGUCCCAGGCACUUGGAGAAGGGCAUGGAAAGGCUGAUCUCCAAAUCGCCGUACCCGGGAUACCGCAUCUGCCUGGUCAUUGACGGCCUCGACGAGUACGGGGAGGACGGUAACGACAGCCUCCAGCAUGAACUUCUUGUUGAGCAACUUCUUGCUUGGGUAGCCAGGGGCGGCAUCAAGAUCUCAGCUUGACAUCUUCCUCUUUGCACGCGACAUGUUUCG